AUGGCCGAAGCUAAUCCAGUGGUUUUCUUUGAUAUUGCCCUAGGUGGUGAGGCUUUAGGACGAGUGAAAAUGGAACUAUUUGCCAAUGUUACUCCACGAACAGCGGAGAAUUUCCGUCAAUUUUGCACUGGCGAGAGCAAGAACCAAAAGGGACAGCCCCAGGGGUACAAGGGGAGCAAAUUCCAUCGAGUGAUCAAAGAUUUCAUGAUCCAAGGUGGAGAUUUCAUCAACGGCGACGGGACUGGGUCAUGUACCAUCUACGGUACGUCGAAAUUUGCCGAUGAAAAUUUUACUCUCACACAUGACCGCGCCGGUCUCUUGAGUAUGGCUAAUUCGGGGCCGAACACCAAUGGCUGCCAAUUCUUCAUAACAACUACGGCUACGCCAUUCCUGAACAACAAGCAUGUGGUUUUUGGCCAAGUGAUUGAUGGGAUGGACAUUGUUCAAAUGCUUGAACACACCCGCACUACCAAAGACAAGCCUAACCAAGAUGUAACGAUCGUGCAGUGUGGAGAAAUGUAA